AUGGCACCGGAGCAGGACGUCUUCCGCCGAGUCGGUCGGGGCGGAGCCGGCAACUACGUCCCCGCCGCGGACGCGGCCCGGAGUUCAAAGGACCUCGAAGCCCAGCAGCAGCACCAAUCGGAGAACGACGCCGCGCCCUCAGCGACGACAUCGGAUCUCGGAGCCGGAGUCGGAGUCGCGGGCGCCGCCCGUCGCGCGGGCCGCGGCGGGGCGGGCAACUACGUCGAGGCGGAGCGGCUCCCCUCGGCGCGCGAGAACGAGGAGCACCUGGCCGGCGAGGUCAACUCGGCCGUGGCCUCGAGCCUCGAGCGCAAGCGCGGCGCGGCGGCGUCGCGGGGCAUGGGCGGGCGCGGCGGCGCGGGUAACUGGAACUUGGAGCAGACCGCCUCCGCCGAUGGAGGAGAGGAGGAGGAGGGGGGAGAGGGAAGCAAGGUGCAGGAGCUGGAGCGCAAGGUCAAGGAGGCGGUGGACAAGGGCCUGCGGAUGCCGGACAAGGUGCAUCACGGGAGGGACACGGCAGGCGGCAGCGGACGAUGA